AGGAGAAUGUUGAAGAGGUUGAGCAGAGGAUUGUGGAACUAUCACAGCAUUGCCCUGAUCCUCCUUACGCCAGUGCUGCUGCUUCCUCUUCCUCUUGUCAUUGGGACAAAGGAGGCAGAAUGUGCCUUUGUAUUGCUGCUAAUGGCGACGUACUGGAUGACAGAGGUGAUUCCUCUGUCCAUAACAGCCAUGCUCCCCGCCCUCCUCUUCCCCAUGUUUGGCAUCAUGAAGUCCUCGGACGUGGCAAAGGAGUACUUUAAAGACUUCCAUUUCUUGCUGGUGGGCGUCCUCUGCCUCGCCACGUCCAUCGAGCACUGGGGUCUCCAUCGCAGAAUCGCCUUGAAGCUCGUCACCAUGGUGGGAGUCAACCCUGCGUGGUUGAUGUUGGGUUUCAUGUCCGGCUGUGCGUUACUCUCCAUGUGGGUCCAAAACACUUCGGCUGUUACCAUGGUGAUGCCCAUCGUGGAGGCUGUACUCCAGCAGAUCCUGAAGGCCAAAGAGGGGGCGUGUGUCGGCGAAGACAACCCUAACCUGCAGCUGGAUGAAACUGACGACCAAUACGAAAAGAUCAAAGAAAUUGUGAGUGACAAGAAGCAUCCAGAUGGUUCUGAAGAGAGCUACACUUGUGUUCAGAUACAGACGGUGUCGCAGCCUGUUCCAGCUCAGGAUUCUGGGUGUCAGCCUGAAGCGCCCAGCAGGUGUAAACAGGACCUAAUGAUGUGUAAAGCCAUGUGCAUUGGUAUUGCCUACUCCUCCAACAUCGGGGGUAUCACCACGUUGCCCGGCACAUCACCCAACCUCAUUUUCUCUGAAUACCUCCACCAGAUUUACCCGGACUGCAAUGCCAUUAACUUCGGCAACUGGCUCAUGUUGUGCCUGCCCAUCAGUGUUAUCAUGCUGGUGCUGACAUGGAUAUGGCUAUACUGGCUCUUCAUUGGCUCAGACUUCAGCUUCCUGUGGCGUUGCAAAGGAGAGCAGUCUGAAAAAGAGAAAGCAGCCAAAAAAGUGAUAGAAGACGAGUACAGGUCGCUGGGACCCAUGAGUUCACAGGAGAUCGUCACUGGGGUGGUUUUCCUGGUGAUGGUGUUGUUGUGGUUGACCAGAUCUCCAGGUUUCAUGCCCGGCUGGGCUUCUCUCUUCCCUCAUCACAAAGGCUACAUCACUGAUGCCACCGUGGCUCUGCUGCUGGGCCUCCUAUUAUUUAUCAUACCUGCCUACGGACCCUCCAGAAAAUAUGAGCCCAUGAUCUCCUGGAAGGAGUUCCAAGCCGCCAUGCCGUGGAAAGUGGUGCUGCUGGUGGGUGGAGGCUUUGCACUCGCUGAAGGGGCAAAGGAGUCGGGCCUGUCUUUGUGGGUGGCCGAGUUGCUGACACCUCUGGGUGAUCUGCCAGUCUUGGCCACGAUCACAAUCGCCUGCAUCAUCGUCACCACAGUAACAGAGGUGGCCAGCAACGCCGCCACCAUCACCAUCUUCCUCCCCAUCCUCUCUCCUCUGGCGGAGGCUAUCCACGUCAACCCGCUGUACGUCCUGAUCCCCACCACCCUGUGCACAUCCUUCUCCUUCCUGCUUCCAGUGUCCAACCCGCCCAACGCCGUCGUAUUCGCCUACGGACACAUCAGCAUCAUGGACAUGGUGAAGGCGGGGAUUGGCGUCAAUGUGAUCGGCGUACUCUCCGUCAUGUUGGCUGUGGCGACAUGGGGAGUUCCUUUAUUCUCUCUGCAUACAUACCCUGACUGGGCACCAAUCCUCCCCGGGUUCAACGCCACAACACCCUGAUGAUGGGCCCCCAGGCUUGGAUCUCACUGUGAGGCUCAGGUACCUCCAAGAGCCUCUUAAGGGGGCUCCAAGGAGGCUCUUAGAAGGAAUAGGUUAAUGUGUUUUUAUUCACUGAAUCCUGAGAGAAUGUAUUUAUUGUUCUUUAGUUGUUUUACUGACCCCCCUCUAUAGCGCAUUCACACAUUUAGGAACCCUUGUUGUAAGACUGGUUCUCCAGGUUGUAUAUAACUUCUAGGCUACUGUAUGUUUUGUCCUUUCUCUGUACAUGUUGCUGUUUCAAAACACUGUGAUUAAAGAAUAAGUCUGG